ACAUCUCGACAUUGGACAUUCUAUUUCUUGAAUUUAAGAUGAAUUUCUUAGCUGGAUGUAUUCAUUUUAUUCUUGCAUGCAUUUUAACUGUUCACGGCUUUGAUUUCGACGAAUGUCCUUCAAAAGAAAGUAGUUCUCUUGAUGUAAAGUAUGGAUCUAUGUCGGUCGUUUGCGACCGAAACUAUCCAAAGGAUUUGGUCACUUCUACUCCUGAAAUUAAAUUCUCGUUUGCCGAUGUGAAUAAAUAUUAUGAAGUUCUUAUGUUUGACCCGGAUGCACCAUCUGCUAUGAAUCCAAAAUCGCAGAAUAUACCAAAAUGCCAAAGUUGGCUUCAUUUGUACUUAUCGGAUGUUAAGGGGAGUGAGCUUAAAAAAGGUUUUUUGGCAAAUGAUGGCACAUCAGAUUGGAAUGUCAUUACAGAUUACAAUCCACCAGCACCACCCAAAGAGUCCAUUCCAGAUGCAAGAGUAAUGUUCCGAACAAGAACUGAGUGAAUUCAGAUUAAAGAAUUUGUUAGCCUUAUUUAAAGUAAAUUUAGAGUGUCACUAUGUAACUGUGAAGACUACCCAUUCAAUUGUAAUAUAUAUUCUAUCUAUAGUAUAUUUAAUAUAUGUCCAUUAACUGUUCCCA